AUGUGGAAUCGGUUUACUGAGGGUCUGGCCGACAUUGUCGCACCUGAGGAGGGCAUUGGACAGGAGGAGCAAGACGAUACCGACCAGCUCUGGAACCGUUUAUCUUCCGUAGUAGCACCUCUUCCCGUGUCUCCCGAUAGUACUGAAGCUGCUAGGAAUGACGAAGACGAACAAGAUCAAUAUAUUUGUGACCUGGAGCGAGCGUUAUUGCAACGGAAGAAACAAAACGAAGCGCUGGAAACGAAAGUCCAAGAGCUUGAAAGACGUGAAGGGGAACGACAAUUACAAAAACAAUUGAAAGAGCAGGAGGUGGAGAUUGCUCAGCAGAAGGCUGAUAUCGAGAGGCUGCAAGCAGCACGACAUGACAUUGGAACCUUGCACAUGGAAAAUGGAGAAAUACCCCUAGGGUUGAACCAGGAACAACUUGUGCAGGAGUUGCACCAAUCUCAAGCUCAGGUUGAUGCCCUAUUAGCAAGAUGCCAAGCUCACGAGAAGGAGUUGGUUUCACUACGUAGUAGAGUGAAAGAGUUGCAGACAGCCAACGAGACGUUGCAAAAGGAGAAGCGAGAAAUUCGCGUAAGAUUAGCUGAGUAUGAACAAGGAUAUGUGGAGAUGCUGGCGGAGAUGGAGCAGAUGAAGGCGGUAAACGAGAAAGAGAAGGCAACAUUGCUGGUCGAAAGCGAGGCGCAUGUGAGCUCAAUCGACAAUCAGCGACUGUAUGAUCUGGAAGCUCGACUGAAGACGUCAGAAGCGGAUAAGGUGGUCGCUCAGCAAGAUGCGGAAAGAUUACAGCGUGAUUUGGAUGCUCUUGAAGGUGUCCUGCAUCAGUUCCAGGUCGAUAACAAGGCCCAGAAGAAGCAUGUUGCUGCAGUGGAAGCAGAGCUGGAACGGGCCACAAGUGAGUUGCAGACGCGUCAACCCCUCUCGGAGCCUAACGAAGAAGCAAUGGACGAUUUGGAUCGGGUAAUGGAAAAACUUGCGAAGAAGACGCAUGAGUGUGAGAAGCUUCGUGAGGCACUUGAAAGCACAGCAACUCAAUACAACUCAGAGCGUGACGUCUUGGACAAGAGACUUGCUGCUCAACUUGUGGUGGCGUACGUGGACAGCAACAAGAAGGGCGAAGUACUUCAACUCAUGGCACGAAUUAUGGGAUUUACGGAGGAUGAAAAACGCCGUGUUGGCGUGGGCUACCCAAUACAAGGUAACGGCGGAGGUGGGCUCUUCUCGUCGAUAAUCGGGCUCGUGGCUCCAGGUGAAGGUGCAUCCACCUCUGUUGAUCCAUCUACGAUUGAAGGCAAGAAUUUUGCAGAUAUCUGGUCCGAGUUUUUGCUUGAGGAAGCAUCCAAAGGACAAUAA